AUGGCAUCAACUUUCUUGACGUCAAACUUGAGGGACUCAAAGGCUAGGCGGGCGAUGGGAGAGUCGCUGAGGUGGCAGGACUGGAGCUCGGUGAGGAUGAUGUCGAUUUCGAGGAGGUGUUUCGAAAAGAGGCCGAAGCUCUCAGGCUCCAAGAGGACGUCAUUGGCAGCGGCCGCAAUAUUGAUGAUCUGGCAUAAGAGGACAACUAGGAUUGGAUCUUCAAAAGGUGUGGUGGGAUUUGGGGCUGCAAUUUAUUCUGAGGGGAGAUUAUUGCAUGAAUGGCAGACAACAUGGCAUGGGAUGGCACGUUCUGAGGAGGCUACAUUGCUGGCUGUGAGAUGGGUGCUGAAAAAAGCAAUAUUUGAAGGGUGA